AUGGAUCUUAGAACAGAAUACUCCAACGUUGAUAUCGAUCCCUUCUAUAUAGGCAGCAACGCCUGUAGUGUCAGUGAGGAUGGCCAGUUGAUGGCAUCUGCCAAUUUUGAGGAUAUCGUGAUAACCAAUUUGGCCACCAAUGAGAUAAUUGACCAAAUUGAUGGAGAUGGAGAGCUUAUCACAAAUUUGAUUCUUGCCCCCAACGGCUUGACGCUAGGAAUAAUAUCCCAGUCACAGAACCUACGUGUGUAUGACGUCGAGUCCAAAACCAUAAUCAAAAGUUUUAAAAUGUCAUCUCCAGUGUAUGUUUCUGCUCAUGAUUCUACCUCAUCACUCUUUGCAUUUGGAGGAACUGACGGUGUGAUCACCGUGUGGGAUAUAGAAGGCGGGUAUGUAACCCAUUCGCUAAAAGGCCAUGGAUCUAUCAUAUCAUCUUUGUGCUUUUACGGAAACUUAAACUCCAAAAACUGGAAGUUGGCUUCUGGAGACACUCAAGGUGUGGUGAAGAUCUGGGAUUUGACCAACAGAAAGAACACCCACACUUUCAAAGAACACGCUUCAGCAGUGAGAGGUCUCAGCUUCACCAAGUCAGGGCAAUACUUUUUAAGUGGAGGAAGAGACGAAAUCGUGGUCCUCUAUAAGGACUUGAAACCCAUUAAGACGUUGGUAGUGAAACAACUGAUAGAAGUAGCUGGAUUUUUGGACACUCAAGCUGAUUCCACCGAGUUGUACUUUUUCACGGCUGGUCUGGACAACUUAUUGAAGAUUUGGGACGCCGAUGGUGAAACCCUUGUGAACCAGACCAAAAACUACCAGACUGAAGAGGAACUUGUAAUAGUUGAUGCCAUACAAAUCGAGAACGAGCAGAUGUAUUUGGUGGUGAGUGACCAGACAUUGGUGAAGCUUGACUUGUCUGAAUUCCACACACAGUUGCCAGUGGUGUCAAGAAUAGCUGGUAAUCACGGGAUUAUUGCUGAUGUCAGAUAUGUCGGACCCCAAUUUGACCGUCUUGCUCUUGCAACCAACUCUCCUAGUUUGAGAAUUGUCGAUCCACAAAACCCGUUGCUGGUUGAGAUGCUUGAAGGUCACCGAGACCUUUUGAAUGUGGUGGAUGUUACCAUUGACGGGAAAUGGAUCGCAACCGGUAGUAAAGACAGUGAGGUUAGGUUGUGGAGAUACGAUGAAGAAGUCCAAAGGUUCAAGGCCUAUGCGGUCUUUAAGGGCCAUGUUGGCUCUGUUUCAGCAUUGGGAUUACCCCGGACUCCUGUUAACGAAUAUCCUCGUUUCUUGGUGAGUGCUGCUGGUGAUUUAACCAUCAAAAAGUGGAAGAUUCCCAAGCCAGCUGGUGACGAAGUCCAAGUGGUAAAGUCGAGUGAGUACACUCGGAGAGCUCACGAUAAGGACAUCAACUCCAUUGACGUGUCUCCCAACGAUGAAUUUGUUGCUACCGCCUCAUACGACAAGUUGGGUAAAAUAUGGCAUUUGGAGUCGGGAGAAACCAUCGGGGUGUUGAAAGGCCACAAAAGAGGAUUAUGGGAUAUCAAAUUCAGUCCCUACGACAAAAAGAUUGUCACCUCUAGUGGAGACAAAACUGCCAAAGUGUGGUCGUUGCUCAACUUUCAGAUCGAGCAGAACUUUGAAAGUCAUACAAAUGCUGUGCAAAGAGCCAAGUUCAUGAACAAGGGAACCCAGGUAAUCAGCACUGGAGCCGAUGGUUUAAUCAAGAUCUGGGAUAGCAAGAGUGGGGAGUGCUUAAAAACGUUGGAUAAUCACAGUAAUCGGAUUUGGGCGUUGGAUAUUGCUAAUGAUGGGUUACAGUUUGUCACCUGUGAUGCCAACGGACAAAUCAGUUUAUUCGAUGACAACUCGGAAGAGAUGGGUAAGUUGAAGGAGGAUGAGCAGAAGUUGAAGAUUGAAAAUGACCAACGGCUAAACAAUUAUAUUAGUCAGGGAAACUUCAAAAAUGCCAUUUUGGUGGCCUUGGAGUUGAACUACUCGAUGAAGUUAUUUGAGAUAUUUACCAAGAUCUUCGAAAACAACCAGCAUGAGGAACUCAUCGAUAUCCUCACCCAGUUGAACGACGUGCAGUUGGUGUCACUAUUCACCAAAAUCAAGAACUGGAACAUAAACUUCAAGAACUUCGAAGUCAGUCAAAACUUACUUUACUUGAUGUUGAACCAUUUGAGCUUGGACAAGCUUAACAGUUCCAAGUUGAUGGCAAUAAUAGACAGCUUGAUUCCAUAUAACGAACGACACUUGAACCGGGUGGAGAAUUUGAUCGAAGAAAGCUAUAUUUUAGAUUACUCGAUUGAACAGAUGAACUUGCUCAGUUAA